AGUUUUACAUCCGGGUUAUGGUGCGGCGCCGUCUGCGGCUGCUGUUCCUUACAAUAUGUCAACAUCGGAAAGCUGCACUAAGGAUACUCUAAAUGCUUUUAAGGCUGUCUGAGCGUAAAAUCAGCGAUACCCGGCCGCUUCUUUCACUUUUAUUUGAAGAUUUCUUAGGAAGAUUCCUGCCUACCUGUCAGCGACUAGGAAGGGCCGUUUCUAUGACUGUGGUUUUGGGGGGCUCGCCGCCGCCGGUUGAGAGAGCCGAAGAAUCUCUGGCCUCCCUGGAAGGUGGCGGCUGCUACCUGCUAGGAUCUUGUUUUUGGUACUCCUAGAUUUCAAAGGGCAGGAUGUCCACCUUAACGCCGACAGAAGUGGGUGACACCUCUCCAGCACUGACAUUUGAAGAGAUUCACGAGUCAGAAAUUGAGGUGGAAGAGGUUGUUGGGAGAGGAGCAUUUGGAGUGGUAUGUAAGGCUAAAUGGCGUGGGAAGGAUGUGGCUAUUAAACAGAUUGAAAGUGAAUCUGAAAGGAAAGCCUUCAUUGUAGAGCUUCGACAGUUGUCACGCGUGAACCACCCUAAUAUUGUGAAGCUGUAUGGAGCCUGCCUAAAUCCAGUGUGCCUUGUCAUGGAGUACGCUGAGGGUGGAUCUUUAUACAAUGUGCUACAUGGAACAGAGCCCCUGCCUUAUUAUACUUCUGCUCAUGCUAUGAGUUGGUGUCUUCAGUGUGCCCAAGGAGUGGCGUACCUUCAUGGCAUGAAACCAAAGGCUUUGAUUCACAGAGACCUGAAGCCACCAAACCUCUUACUUGUGGCUGGAGGAACUGUGCUAAAGAUCUGCGAUUUUGGUACAGCCUGUGAUAUCCAGACUCAUAUGACUAAUAACAAGGGAAGUGCUGCUUGGAUGGCACCUGAAGUUUUUGAAGGCACACGGCCACCACUGAUCAAAAAUUUGCCUAAGCCUAUUGAGAGCUUGAUGACUCGUUGCUGGUCGAAAGAUCCUUCUCAGCGGCCAUCCAUGGAAGAAAUAGACAAAAUAAUGUCUCAUUUGAUGCAGUAUUUCCCAGGAGCUGAUGAGCCACUCCAGUAUCCCUGUCAGUACUCAGACGAAGGUCAGAGCAACUCUGCCACCAGCACAGGAUCAUUCCUGGAUAUUACCUCCACAAAUACAAGUAACAAAAGUGAUGCAAAUGUAGAACCUGGAGAAUUCCAGCCCACAACAAAUGACACAAUUAAACGUUUGGAAACAAAACUGGCUCAGCAACUGAAAUCCCAGUCUAAACAACCAGGUGAACCAGGAAGGCUGAACUUGCCACUGUCACGAGGGAGCAGUGUGGAGAGUCUGUCAGAUACACGUGGACGACCACCAGCAGCUCUUUCUGCAGGAGAUGGGAAGAGAAUGAGUACUGAUCUGUCCGAAUUAGAAGCCAGAAUUAUGACAGCUGCUGCAGCCCAUCCCAAACCUAAACGAGGUCAUCGUAAAACAGCUUCAUUUGGCAACAUUCUGGAUGCCCCCGCGAUCAUCAUAUCAGCAAAUGAACAGCAAAGACGCAGAUCAGUUCAGGACCUCAGUAUAGUUGGCACAGAUUCCACUCAGGGAAGUAGGAGCAGCAGCAGAUCAUCAAGCCCCAGUGUAAGGAUGAUCACUACCUCAGGGACACCCUCUGAAAAAGCAGCUCGCAGCAUUCCAUGGACACCAGAUGAAUUAUCAGAUACUAACGGUUCAGAUAAUUCUAUCCCUAUGGCUUAUCUUACACUGGAUCAUCAAUUACAGCCACUAACACCAUGUCCAAACUCCAAGGAAUCUAUGGCUGUAUUUGAACAGCAUUGCAAAAUGGCACAGGAAUACAUGAAAGUUCAAACAGAAAUUGCAUUAUUGUUGCAGAGAAAGCAAGAACUAAUAGCAGAACUGGACCAGGAUGAAAAAGACCAACAGAACACAUCCCGUUUGGUACAAGAACAUAAAAAGCUUUUAGAAGAAAACAAAAGCCUCUCUACAUACUAUCAGCAGUGUAAAAAACAGCUAGACAUUAUCAGAGCUCAGCAACAGAAGCGGCAAGGCACAUCAUGAUGCAGUGAAAUGUAGUUUCAUGAAGUCAGAUACAUGGAAUAAGACUACUUUGUAUAUUUUCAGACACUUAAUAUAGUGACUUUUUUGAACAAUAGUAACUUGGUUUGUUCUGGAUGACUACAAAUGGUGAUUUUUUUUCACAUCCUAUUUACUUACCUUUUGCUUCUUGGACAAUCCACGAAGAGAGCUUAUUCAGUUCGGCUGCAUCUCAACUCAUAUCCUCUGCUUUCGUCAGUAUAAAGCAGAGUAGAUAGGUGAUGCAUUGCAAGCAUGCUUAUACUAGAUAGCAUGCAGGAACACAAUCUACCUGGCUGCUUAACUUCUAGGAUUCUGACACUGAAAUACAGUCUUGGUCACUUUUCACACUCGUAUUCAGUCAUAUCUCUCUUUCUGUUCCUUUUCAGACAGUUGUAUUCUAAGAGUAUACCAUUUUCAUUGUUUAAAAGUCCUUGAAUCCUUAUCUUGAAACAUCCAUUCAAGAGGAAGUAUAGCUGACUGGAGAAAAAAAAAGAAAGAAAAGAUUUACUAACCUGUUGUGAGUGAAUUUAAGAAAGUUUUCAAAAGUCUGCACAAAUUAGUAUUAAGCUACAUACAGUUCUUUCACAACUGGAUCAGCUCUGUGCUUAUUUUCCAUUUUUUAAUACCUUCAUUUUGAUAAUCCUUUCAUGAUGGUUUGUUUCAUUUAAAUGGUCAACUCAAGUAUUGCUGCUAUUGCAUGGUCUGCUUUUCUAUUAAUGAAGUAGGCCUUAAAAAACUUUCAACAAUUUAAUGUAAGCCCAACAGUUGCUGAACAGGUGAUUCCAAAAGAUUAUCAAUUGAUAAAAUAAUUAAUGAGCAUUUACAGUACUGCAGAAGAUUUUUCCAUUUACAUAACUUUUGAAAUUGCAUUGCACUCUGUGUUGAACAAUGUGAAACUAUAAGUUCCUGUUUUAGAAACCUAAAUGUAGUGGCAGACACAUACCCAGUUUUAUUUUAUCAUGAAUGCAUGCGGUAGUCAUACUUCAUACUGAUUGCAGGUACUGAGAUAAAGACCAAGCUGUAUUUAUGUAAUAUCUGUAGUAGUAGAACACAGACUCUUCUGUAUUAAAAAAUGGAGCAGUGUAUUAUGUUUUAAAAAUAA